CGCCCGCAUGGUGGACAUCCUCCUCCCGCGGCCGCUCCCGGGCGCCAUGGGGGAGCCUUCCAAGAGGCGGCCGGGUCUGGCCCUGUGCGCAGGGUGCGGGGGCCGCAUCCAGGACCCCUUCCUGCUGCGGGUGUCGCCGGACCUGGAGUGGCACGUCGCCUGUCUCAAGUGUGCCGAGUGCGGACAGCCCCUGGACGAGACCUGCACAUGCUUCCUGCGUGACGGCAAAGCCUACUGCAAGCGGGAUUACAGCAGGCUCUUCGGUAUCAAAUGCGCCCAGUGCCGGGCGGCCUUCAGCAGCAGCGACCUGGUGAUGCGCGCCCGUGACCACGUCUACCACUUGGAGUGCUUCCGCUGCGCCGCCUGUGGCCGCCAGCUCCUACCCGGAGACCAGUUCUGCCUGCGGGAGCGCGACCUGCUCUGCCGCGCCGACCACGGGCCGCCCCACGACGGCACCACCGCCCGUGGGCCGCGCAGCCCCGCACUGCCGCCGCCCUCCAGCGCUGCGCACCUCGCAGCAGAACCGGUGCCCGGACGGCCGCCCGCCCCGCGGCCGCCGGCGCACAAGACGGCAGAGAAGACCACCCGCGUGCGGACGGUGCUGAACGAAAAGCAGCUGCACACGCUGCGGACCUGCUACGCCGCCAACCCACGUCCCGACGCCCUGAUGAAAGAGCAGCUAGUGGAGAUGACGGGACUCAGCCCCCGUGUCAUCCGUGUCUGGUUUCAGAACAAGCGCUGUAAAGACAAGAAGAAGUCUAUCCUCAUGAAGCAGCUCCAGCAGCAGCAGCACAGCGACAAGACGAGUCUGCAGGGCCUCACCGGGACUCCACUGGUGGCCGGCAGCCCCAUUCGUCACGAGAGCGCCGUGCAGGGCAGCGCCGUGGAAGUUCAGACGUACCAACCACCCUGGAAAGCACUCAGCGAGUUCGCCCUGCAGAGUGAUCUGGAGCAGCCUGCCGCCUUCCAGCAGCUGGUCUCCUUCUCCGAGUCUGGCUCCUUGGGCACCUCCUCCGGCAGCGACGUGACCUCGCUGUCCUCCCAGCUCCCUGAUACCCCCAACAGCAUGGUGCCCAGCCCGGCCGAGACGUGAAGUGGCCCGACCGCUCCCCGUCGCGGGACAUCCGCAUGCCUGCGCUCCCUGCAUGAGACACCUGGCCCCGGGCCGCUCCCAGAGCGCCGGACAAACGCCUUUGUUUUUUAAUUAUUCUUAUUUAAAAACAAACAAAAAAUACGUUGCUGACGGCCAAAAAAGCACCGGGAUCCUUGCUGCCUUCACCAGACCGGAGAAAGAGCCCCUGCCCUGGUUAUUUCGUUAUUUGGGGUUUUUCGCCCUGCGGAUUUCGAUGUUUCUUUUCCCCGAAGAAACGCGGAUUCUCCCUCUGAAGUCUGGCGCGGUGACAGGCUGCCUUGCCCGCCGCUUGAGCCGCGGACGGCUAUUCUUCCCUUUUUGGAAGGGAAAAGACAAACCCAAAUAAUAAUAGAAAAGGAGGAGAGAGUCCCCCGGAUUGCGCGCCUUUCCGUGGCCGCGGAGCCGGCCUGACACUAAACCCUCCGCGAAGCUGCGCCGUCCAGCUCCAUCUCACACCGAUGCCUCUCCCGGGCCGCGGCGCCCGGCCCCGCAAGAUCGCAGGAAAAAUGGAACACGGAAACGAGACUUUUUUAACGGGAAAACCAGUGCUAAUGUUAAGUUAUCAGUGAACGGAGGACGGAUUGUUUGAGCCUUUAACGAACAAAAGUAAGUUAUUGUUAUUUAUUGUCAGAGUCAGCGGUUGAAUAGUGGGAUUAAAUAUUUUGGACUUAAUAAAAAAAAAAAGAAUCUUGAAAUGGAAAAAAAAAACAGAAAAAAAAAAAAAAGGCAAGCAA